CCAGCAGCUGCUGUCCUUGACCACACCAUGGGGAGCCCGCUGAGACUCAGCCUGCUCUAUGUUGCCCUGGCCAGCCUCCUGUCACCUGGAAGAAGCUUGUUUAUUAACCGGGAACGCGCCAACAAUGUCCUGACGAGGAUUCCAAGGGCAAACUCAUUUUUUGAAGAGAUGAAGAAGGGCAAUCUGGAAAGAGAAUGUAUGGAAGAAGUAUGUUCUUAUGAAGAGGCUCGCGAAGUCUUCGAGGAUACUCAAAAGACGAAUGAAUUCUGGAACAAAUACAAAGAUGGUGACCAGUGCGAAACCAAGCCUUGCCAGAAUCAGGGCAAGUGUCGCGACGGCCUUGGCGAGUACACGUGCACCUGCGUGGAGGGAUACGAAGGCAAAAACUGUGAAUUCUUUGUUCGGAAACUCUGCAGCCUAGACAACGGAGACUGUGACCAGUUCUGCAGGGAAGAGCAGAGCACAGUGGUGUGCUCCUGCGCCAGCGGUUACUUCCUGGGUGAUGACGGCAAGUCCUGCAUCUCCACAGUACCCUUCCCCUGUGGGAAAACCACCAUAGCACGUAGGAAGAGGUCCUUGGACCAGAGCACCAACCACAGUGAGCCUUUCCCUGAAGACCUCCUGAACUUAGAAUUGUCACCUACGGAGAAUCCUUCCAAACUGCUCAACCUCAACCAGACACAACCGGAAAAGGACAGCUCAAGCGUUAUUCGGAUUGUGGGUGGCCGAGCAUGCAAAGACGGGGAGUGUCCCUGGCAGGCUCUGCUCAUCAACGAUGACAAUGAGGGCUUCUGUGGGGGCACCAUCUUGAAUGAGUUCUACAUCCUCACGGCGGCCCACUGUCUGCACCAAGCCAAGCGAUUCAGGGUGAGGGUAGGGGAUCGGAACACAGAGAAGGAGGAAGGCAAUGAGAUGGUGCAUGAGGUGGAUGUGAUCAUAAAGCACAACAAGUUCGUGAGGGAGACCUAUGACUUUGACAUCGCAGUGCUCAAGCUGAAGACUCCCAUCACGUUCCGCAUGAAUGUGGCCCCUGCCUGCCUGCCUCAGAAGGACUGGGCUGAGGCCACACUGAUGACGCAGAAGUCGGGCAUCGUGAGUGGGUUUGGACGCACGCAUGAGAAGGGCCGCCAGUCAAACAUCUUGAAGAUGCUGGAGGUGCCCUAUGUGGAUCGCAACACCUGCAAGCUCUCCAGCAGCUUCACCAUCACACAGAACAUGUUCUGUGCUGGCUAUGAUGCCAAACUGGAGGAUGCCUGCCAGGGGGACAGCGGUGGCCCCCAUGUCACCGAGUACAAAGGCACCCACUUCGUGACUGGCAUAGUCAGCUGGGGAGAAGGGUGUGCAAGGAAAGGGAAGUAUGGGAUCUACACGAAGGUCACAGCCUUCCUCAGGUGGAUCGAGAAGUCCAUGAAAGCCAGGGUGGUGCCCACAUCUGAGACCCCAACGUCAACAAGUCCUCCCCAUUAA